AUGCUCUAGGGUUUAAAACCGCCUAACAUCUUCUUUUGUUGGCUGGUCUGGUGGAAACAAACACAACUCUGCUGCAGCCUACAAUAAUCGGAGGACAGACAGACCCCCUUCAAUCUCAUAAUAUCCCAAUUUGUCGAAUUACAAGCUGCGAUGGGAGCUGUAGGUGAUGAUAUUGGAGAUGUUAGUGAUUAUGAGUUGACUCAUCAUGUUCGUCAAGCUCUAAAAGCUGUUCUCGAAGGUGACACGGAUGAAUAUGAUCAACUCAUUGGAAAUAUGCAUCACACCGAGCGCCUAGUUCCUGAUGAGGUGGCAAUGCUUGUGACAAUUCUAAGGGCCUUGUCUGGAGCGGUUUCUUUCAUCGACAUUGUGCAUCACCGUUCUCUUCUUUCAUCUAUAUGCGCAAUGAGGUUCUGGAACUAUGGGCCAGAUGUGAUGGACGCAUUGAUGGAGUUGGUUGUGACCUUGGCUACAUCAAACGGAAAAUACGUUGAUUUGUGUUUAGACAUGCUUGUAAGCAACUUCAUACCACCUUUCAAUUUUCUAGAGAUAUUGAAGCAGCCACGUGGAUUAGCAAAAAAGGACCAAGUACUUGCCCGUGUACAUGCAGCAUUGAAAGGAAUUGCUGAUUUAGUGCCUCUAGCACCUUCUAGAUUGGAACAAAUUGUCCGGGAGAGAGUGCCAAAUGUAUUCGCCAAGGAAGCUCAAAUAGUUGUGUAUGUGGAGAACAUGCUAAUGUUGGAGAGUGGUGAUAUGGGAGAGUUUGUUGGCAACUCUAUGAUAUUUGAAUUGGUGAAUAGGCUGAUAGACCUUGAUGUGGAGAUAGGAUGGGAUGAAGUUUUGCUGGAUGAUCCAAAUAAUAAAGGGAUUUUUUUGAUGGAGCUAGAAGAUUUGGCACGAACUGAUGAAACAGAGAUGGAUAUGGAUGAGCCUCAAAUAGAAUACACUGGUCGAAAAGUUCUUUGGGGAAACGUAGUAGCUCAGAAGUUGGAUACAUUGAUGGAGCUCGCCUUUGACCACCUUCAAUCUUGUUUCAAAAACGGCCGCUUGCCUCAGGUGUUCGAGGCACUUCUCCAGUCAUUUCAAAGUACUGUGUUGAAUGCAUACAAGUCAAAGUUUGCACAGUUUGUUAUGUUCUAUGCUUGUUCGCUUGACCCCGAAGAUUGUGGGACACAGUUUGUGAGCAAGCUUCUUGAGAUAUUUAAAAGCACUGUUUAUCCUCAAGAAUGGAGAAUGAGUGCUGUUGCUUAUCUAGCAAGUUACCUGUCUCGGGCAAAAUUUUUGUCUACUUCGUAUGUGACAAUCAUAUUGGAAAGCUUGGUGGAUUGGUGUUAUAAAUAUAGCAAAAACCAAAGUGGAGAAAUAAAUUUAAAGAACCAUCGCGUUUUUUAUGCGGCGUGCCAGGCCCUUAUGUAUGUACUUUGUUUCCGUAUGAGAUCGAUUCUUGCAACUCCACGGCUCAAAUCACAGCUGGUGAAUAUGCCUUUAGAGAAAAUUUUCAAGCAUGCCUUGAACCCGUUAGAGGUGUGCUUGCCAUCGAUAGUAGAGGAAUUUCUGCGUCAGGCGAAAGCAGCCCAUCUGUUUACCGUAUCUAAUGGCACUUUUCUCUUUGAUCAUCUGUUUGAAUCAGAGUUGUCUCGUGCUUUUGGUGGGUUUCAAAGGCUCGAUGUUUUCUUCCCCUUUGAUCCAUAUCUAUUGAAGAAGUCCGACAGAUUCAUCCGACCAAACUUCAUAUACUGGUCAAUGGUGAGAACUACUUACGACGAUGACGAGGAUGAUGAUGACGACGAUGAUGAUGAUGAUGAUGUCGAAGAUGAUAAUGAUGAUGAAUUCGACAUGAACUUGAGUAAAAUGUCUAUUACGCCCAAGGAUUCCUUCAUGUUUGGAAAUCUACAAGAUAGAAAAAUGCAGAUGCCUUCUAGAAUCAGACCUUCUACUAGUCCAGAAUCUUUGUGAUUCCCAAUUGUGUGGAGAAAAUGACAUUAUUACCCUUGAUGGAUCUGGAUGGUGAUUUAAGCAGGAGUGUUGAUAAUUUAAUUUUGUUUUAGUUGAAACAAAGGGAUGUUAGUUAAAAUUGUUUUCUUAUAAAAGAGAACCAGUUACUUGUAAUGACAUGUUUUAUUUUGGAUUUCAUAUUUAAUUAAUAUUGUUUUGUGGUUGUAAA